AUUCAUUUUGAAACGAAGAGUGCUUCAGACACGAUUUGAGAGCUUUCGUGAAAUUUGUUUCACUGCGAGUUGUGUGGAUUUUCAUCGAAGUCUUUAUUGUCUACGAGGAUGUCGCUAAUUCCGUUCCUGUUUGACUAUGAGGUGGACCGUCCCCGACGGUUGAUUGAUCAGCACUUCGGCUUGGGGCUAACUCCUGAUGAUAUGCUGUCGGUUGCGGCUGGACCGUUGCUGAGCAGGGAGUAUUACCGGCCGUGGCGUCACCUUGCUGCUGCAGCACGAGACCUAGGCUCUAGUAUAAAAUCUGACAAGGAUAAAUUUCAAGUGAAUUUGGAUGUACAACAUUUUGCGCCCGAAGAGAUCACUGUUAAGACGGCGGACGGUUAUAUAGUUGUCGAAGGGAAGCACGAAGAAAAAAAGGACCAGCACGGUUAUAUUUCUAGACAAUUUACUCGUCGCUACGCGUUACCAGAAGGCUGUACUCCAGAUGCAGUGGAAUCUAGGCUGUCAUCAGAUGGUGUACUUACUGUAGUGGCUCCCAAGAAGAUUCCGCCAGCAGUACAGGGUGAAAGAAAGGUGCCGAUCUCUCAAACCGGACCGGUCCGCAAGGAGAUCAAGGAUCAAUCCAACGGGGACAAAGCUUAAGUGUCGUUUUAAUUAGUAUUAUUUUAUUUUUUCUUUGUCAUUCCUGUGUUCUGUAAGACUGAUUAUUACGUUAAUUAAAUAAGCUAUGAUUA